AGUCCGAGUAGUCACACAGAUGCAGCCGGUGUGUGUAGAUGUAGUGAUUGUGUUCCAGCACGUGCACAACACGAAAGGCCUGUGACGUACGUUGGUGUCAGUUCAAGAGUAAUCGGAAGUUUCUCAUUGUGGGCCUUGGGCCUUCUGAGUUUCAAUACUUUAUACUGGUUCAUGAGAGCAAACUUUAGCGAGUGGUGACAGUGCAGCGAAAAGUGACGCUUUGGAUUAAACGGGACUAGAUUAAAAACGCCGAGAUGCUGAAGCACGUCUCAUACCGCGCCUCGAGUACCUCACUUACUCGUCCCUUCGGCAACUGCCGCGCCUCCAACACUCUCAGUCCUCAAGGAAAAAGUCCCUUGUUACACUCAGACAAUGACUGCACCAUCAGCGCUCCCAACUCACCACAAAUUUCCCAAUUUCCCCGUCACACACGUCAUCAUUCUAUUACUCCAGACUCCAGUGCGAUCAUGCUCAGCAAAGAUGAAGUAGAUGGAGCUAAGCGCCACACAAUCCAGUCAAAAAUGCCACUCACUCCCAACUCCUCUCCCGUAGCAAACAACUCGUAUCUCCACAACGUGUCAAACUUGAGUCCGACAAACUCCGGACACGUGCGAAAUUCAAGUGAAGACUCAGUUUGUUUGAAGUCGGAUGACCCGCUGGCGAAACAUCAAAAAGACCUUAGGAACGUGGAGAGCAUGGAGGUGCGAGCAGAACUCAUGCCCGACAUCAGUGCUCGGCAGAGGACAGAAGCUCCUGAUAAUAUCAGCCUUCACUCGACCAUGAGCUUUUCGUCGCUUUGUCGUAAUGACCUCAGAGCUUCUUCGACCUCACUCGCCGCCCCAAAGGUUCCUGUACGCGUACACUUGCGCCAGCUUCGGCCUGACAUUGAGUACAAGACGCUUCGACUCGACCCCGAGACGACCUGCCGUCAGCUAAUCGAGCACCUGCUGCAGAAGUUGCGUCUCAAGCACCGCGACCCGAACCUGUUUGCGGUGGUGCUCGAAGUGGCCGUCAAAGGGCCUGGCGGGGCACCGCCGCUCAAGAAGCGCUUCUUGCUGGAGGACUCAGCGCGUCCCGUGGAGCUGCAGCAAUGCCGCCCUCGGGGGGAGGCCAACUUCAGCGUGACCAUGAGACGCGGUGGCGUCCUCAGGGUGCGGGACAGUAUUCUUACGCCGGGGUCUCAGUACAAGUCAGUGUUGGUGUCAUACACGAGCUCGGUGGUCGAAGUAAUCCAACUGCUGCUGCGAUGCAACAACCGCACGGACGACUGGCGGAUGUUCACACUGCACGAAGUUUGCGGAAAUCCUUACAACGAUCGACUCCUCAACGACGAAGACCGGCCGCUGUACGUGCAAAACUCGUGGCCGAAAAGCGAAAAACAAAAAUAUUCUUUGGUCUUACGAAGACAUCUCACCCAAGGACUGAUGGAAGAUGCGGAGACAUGGCGGCGGUUAAGUAUGGAUGAGUGCAGUCUGGAUGCCGACGCAGACUUGGAUGAACAUAAUAGUUCUUGCAGCAGCAUCCUCACUUCUUCGAGCAACUCCUCCAGGUCUCGUUCAUCCAUAUCUUCCACAACCGCAUCAGUACUCAGCCUUGCAUCCAUUUCUUCGAAUGGAUCGUCCAGGUGUUCGUUCUCUUCCAACAGCUCUUCAGGAGUGUCUUCUGGCUCAGGAUCCUCCUUCACUGCCGCUGAAACUCCCGAGAAAAAACGCCCCGUACAAACAACUCGACGGAUUCUUCCUCAUAUCCCGCGAGCUCAGACGCCAGUAGCUAAAGUAUAUCCCAUUUCUGCUGAAGAAAAUAUUCAGUCGUACUUUACGAUGCCUACUGAUGAAGAAAUUUCGCCUGCUUUAAAUAGCAAACAAAGUUGUAUUGUUCAGUCGGAAAGAAAACCAUUUCCAUUACCUCGAAGAAUUCUGAGCUAUCCUGUCGCAAAUAUCACUACUAGUGCCCAAGAUGAAAAAAUCGAUGUUUUGACACCAUUUUCCAAAUCCUGGUCGUCUGCAUCGUGUUAUGUUCCCUUGACAGUCGCUAAAGCCCGAGGUCCAACUGCUCAGACUUGGCAGAACAGAAGUAGGACCGCUCGGAUACGAUCUGCCACGAUUUCCAGUCCCGUAGAACAUAUGGCCAAUUUAUCCCUACACAAUCGGUCGAGAUCAAUUGAUCAGUCACGUUCCUCUGUUAAUAAUUUAACAUCAGCUACCUCAUCAGAUGGUGAAAAAUCACAGUUUGCCCACAGGUCAUCAAGCUUAGGACGUGCCGUGUCAGCUUCGUCAAUCACUUCACAGUCGAAAGCAUCGGAUUAUUCUUUCGCUAUCCCAUCUGCCACAAAGCUUCGACCUUUAUCUUUAGCACCAAACUCUUCUAUCACAUUUUCAUCACGGCGAUCUUCAUUGCUAUCGAAUCAGUCGCAUUCAACAUCGACUUUGAUGGCUUCGUCUUCAACUUUGUCCCUCGCUUCUCCGAGUGUUGAUUCCAAGAGUAAUUCUUCUAACAUCUCAACUGGACUUUUCAAUGUCGCCCAGUCGAAUUCCUCAAACAAUACAACACUCAUUUCUUUAUCUCCUAAUUCCGAGAAAGCACCUCCGGCUUCUUCUUCGAAUAUCAAAGACGAAAGAGAAUCUGAGCUUACCAAAACUGACGGCAAUGUCGAAAGCAAAACCCCCGAAGUUCCCACCGAAUCAAAAGAUUCAGUCUCAAAUGUUGUCGUUAGUCGUUGUUCUCUGACUUUGAAUUCGCGCCACGAAACAGACGAUACUAAGCAUUGUCCGUCCUGUUGUCGCUACGACAAGUGCUUCUACAUUUGAGAUGGUCAAUUGUAUGAUUCUUUGUACAGGCACUCGCGCAAGUUCAAUAUUAGUCAUAUUAAUUGCCAAAGAAAGUGGGGACAGUUUCGAUAAGAUCGGACGAUGCUUCAUGUCAUUUUGUGUGCAGUUCAGAAGGAAUUGAAGGUUGAAGCUUGUAAUGGACGCUAAUUUUGACCGAGGUGAAAGAAUUGAAAGAUAAUAUUAAUUUAGUGUCGAUUGUGCAAACCAAAGAUGAGGCAUUGGGCUGCUCGGCCUAUGUUGAAGUUUGAAAAAUUAUAACAAAACGUGGAAAUUUUUUCGAGCAACAGUCAAAACGUACGACUUAUUCUAGAAUUCUAGUGUUAGCUUACUCUGUAAUUAAUUGUUUUGUGUUCAAUUACAUUUAGUAUUUAUUUCUGGUAACCUAAAUUUCAUUGAGCGAUUAGCCGAAAUUAAAUCCGCGAUUAAAAUUAAAUGAACAUUACAAUUAAUUUCUUCACUUUCUUAUUGCGUGUCAUUUCCGAGUAACGUGUGUUUCCGCCUUGAAUAAAUAGAGUACCGGUAUUCUAGAUAUUCGGUCCGUGUUUGCCGUGAAAUCUUUGUAUCGAUUUAUUAUACUAUUAUAUUUUAUACUUUUUCGCAUUGUCGCUCAUUUCGCUGGAUUUUCUGUUAGUAUAAUUUCAGUUGAUGUUCAUUUCUUUUGUAUUGAAAAUUAACAAGGUUCAAGAAAUUUAUUUCAAGACAAUUCAAUAAGAAUUGCAUCAUGCGUUGCUUUACGUAGCGUAAUGUAAGAAGGUAGUUGUACAAUUUGUUGUUAUGGGUACCCUUGAAGCUGUUUCGUUAGUCUUUAUUCUAUUGCUUUCAAUCAAAGUUAUAUUGGUUUAUGCAUAAAAUGUUCUAAUGGAA